ACGAGAGCAAGAAAUCAAUACAGCACGACGAGAUGAGAUUUUCGUGCCGAGCCGGAAUAUAACAUCGUCCUGUCCCAAAUACAACAUUCAACAUAAAGGAAUAUAGGAAAUGCUAACAAAAGUGAAUUGUGCAUCUUGUCAAUGUUUCCUGAUACGUCUCUCUGCAAAUCUUACCGUUUUGCACAUCAUGCUUUUCCUUCUCUCCUGGAUAAUUUCAUCAUUAAUAAUUAUUAAUUAUUAAUUAUAAAUACGAAGAAGGGAAUAUACAAGUGUCCGAAUGCAUAUUCAAUGCACAUGUAAAAAUCUGGACGUGCAAAACUUGAAAAGUUACCAUGCACUUGAUUUUUAACCUUGGUCAUUGGUAGUAGAUGGGUAAGUUGUAUGUAAGUGGAAAUAUGUGGGUGGAGAUAUGCACUUUUUGAUUAACAUCUGACUACGUUGACCCCGAUUCUACGAUUCGGAUUGCACUCACAAAAUAUCCACGCCUGAUUAAAUAAAAAAUCUCAGAAUCCAUGAAUUUGUCUUCAAAAUCGUGUCAAAAUCCUAUAAUUUGCAUGAUAAUAUUUGUGCAUGCAAAAAAUUGCAUCAACUACAUACUCCUCUGGGUGAAUAGAAACGAUGACUGGCGGCAAGAAGAAGUUCGACACCCGUUUUCUACCAUGUGCACAAUUCCCAACUAAAUUUUUGAGUCAUAUUAAUUUCAAACCCUGAAAUUAAAAAUACCGACGACUUUAAAAACUUGCUUCUCAUCGUUACAGGCUUUGCUAGGAAUUAGAAUAUAACCGUUUUACUAGGUUUGAGAACAAUGUCGGACGACGAAUUUGCGGAGGACGAUGGACUGUAUGAUGAAGACGGACUACUAAAAGAUGAGGGCGAUUUCAGAGAUAAGUCCAACCUCAUCAACUCUGUUCACAAGAUCUUUGACAUCAAAAAAAAAGGACGUGGAGCAAUCCGACACGAAGCGGUGAAGGAUGUGGAGGAAUUUGUCGCUGUCAAGAGACGUUCUGGUCCUGGGUCAUCCCUGAACAAGUUGUUGGAAUCGGUGAAGCAGAGUGGAGAAGAAAAGACGGUGGAUAAAGUAUCCAAGUUGGUCAAGGCUCCAUCACUCAAGUCGUUAAAAACAUUAGAGACCCCUCUCGAAAAACCACAAGCACUCAAAGCAAAACGUACAGUAUUGUAUGAGAAUGCGAAACGAGAUCUGAGUCGAUUCAACCCAAUUGUAUAUCAUAAUCGUGUCGCCGAUCAACUUGUUUAUCCUCUCAAUGCUGGCAAGAAAGCCCUCAAACUCAGCUCAACUGAACGUGUUGCUGACUCGAUUCCAAUGACACCGCUGGAAGAAGAAAUGGCCCGCGUCUUGUACGGAGAAGAGUACGUGAAACAGAAGAAGGCAGAGCUUGAAAAACCCAAAGGGCCAUCAGACGCAGAAGCGUAUGCACUUUCCGUGGAGGAAGCGUUGAACAUGCACAGUGAAAUGGCACGACUUCGGGCUCAACAGUCGUACAAAAUGGCGAAGGCGAAGCGUCAGAAUAAAAUCAAGAGCAAAAAGUAUCAUCGGCUCUUGAGAAAGGAGAAAAUCCGAAAGCAAUUGAAAGAAUUUGAGGAGAUGCAGAAGAAGGAUCCGGAAGGGGCCAUGUUGAAAUUGGAAGAACUGAAUAAAUCCAGAGUGGAGGAACGGAUGAGUUUGAAACAUCGGAACACGUCAAAGUGGGCAAAGAUGCAUGCAGCGAGGGCAAAGUACAAUAAGGAUAGUAGAAUUGCUCUCUCAGAACAGUUGAAAAUUAGUAAAGACCUCACUCAGAAAGUUGAGGAAUCUGACAGUGAUGACGAUGACUUAGAGUGUGAUAUUCCUCACCUAGUAAAGUCCUCCUUGGACAAUCCGUGGAUGUUGAGACCCGAAGUUAGAGACAGUGAUAAGCUGAACGUGUAUUAUUCUGGGUACAAGAAGCUUUGGGAGGAAAUAAACGAGAAAAAGGAUAAGGAGAGAAAGCGACAAGAAGUGCAAACAAUAAAGAAUAAGCAACAUGUCAAAAAACUGGGAGAUGAGUUUCAAAAUGACAAUAUCGAGAGUGAGGACCUAUUAGUGGAGGAUAAUGAAACGGAUAAAAGUGGUCUUGACCCCGAGUCUUCAGCAGCAAAAUCUGCACAAGAACGAAAAGCUGAGAAGAAAAAGAAAUUACGACAAAAGCAGAAAAAUAAUAAAGCCAAGAAGAAAAUAAUUGUUCCUGAGACUACAACAUCUACAACAACCGUAGUUUACGACAAUGAUGAUCCAGAUUUUACUGAACUAGAUCUCGACAUUAUGAUUGAAGAAGCGGAAGACAAAAUUAAGGACGAAGCGAUUAGAAAACUCAGAAAGUUGUCAAAAGUAGAAAAACUAGAGAAAAAGAAGAGCGAGCAACAAUCCAAGCGUGCAGCGAAACGAACGAAAAAUAAAUCAAAGGAAAUGAUGAGGGGGGAUGCGGACGAGAUUCGAGAUUUGGAUGUAGACUCGGCUGAACAAUUAUUGGAAAAUGUUGGCGGAGAAACAGGCGCAUCACUGGCUUUAACCUCAGUAAACGGAGGCGUAGGAAGACAGAUUAACCCCGAUAAGCAAGACACGAGCAAAGUUAUUAUAGAUCCCAACAACUAUUUGAAAAUAACCAAGAAGGCUGGAGGGAAGAAAGCUAAAUUUGAUGGAAACGGUAUGAAUAAAGUAGAGUUUGAUGCCUUUCUCAACAAUGAAGCUGCUUCUUCUGGCGAAGACGAUGAUGAUGACGACGAUCAAAGAAAAUUGAUUGCUGAAGCAUUUGAAGAUGACGAUGUCGUAGAUGAAUUCCGACUCCGAAAGGAGGAGGAAAUAGAUGCCUUGAAGCCAAAAGAUGUCGACCUGUGUCUUCCCGGGUGGGGAGAAUGGGGUGGAAAGGGGAUCGUUCCAAACCCCAAGAAACGGAAAAGGUUCCUCAUCAAAGCAGCCCCUCUCCCUCCGAGAAAAGAUGCCGCCUUGUCUCAUGUCAUUCUGAACGAAGAGGUUGGGGAGAAGGUGAAGGAGCAUUUGGUUCGGGAGCUGCCAUUUCCUUUCAAACGUGUCAAGGAUUACGAGAAGACCAUCCGAGCACCCGUAGGUCGAACUUGGCUUCCGGAACAGGCCACGAAGGAUUUGGUUGCGCCCAGAGUAAUCACACGUCUCGGAGCCAUAAUUGAGCCCUUGGACGAGGACGUUCUACCCAAAAUGAAGGGUGGAUCGCUAAAAGUUCCAAUUUCUAUCAAACGCCUUGCUCGCGUUAAAAAAAUAGCGUCUAAAUAAAUAUUUUUCAGAUUUCCAUAUGAAAAGUGACAUGAUGAUUAGAUUAGAAAAGUUGGUACAUAAUAAAACCGUAAUCUUUAUGUCCA